UAACUAAGAUGUGUGUAGUGUAUGGGGUGUGAUUUGUUUGCUUGAGAUUGAGAGGGAGGCAAUGAAGGAUGAAGCAUUGGAUGAGCAUGAGAUUGAGGCGCAUGGCGAUAGGAUUAGGAGCAGUUUCAAAUUUUACUCUCUUUCAACCCUUCCCUCUCCUAUUCACUACACCCACUCGCUUAACCAUCACCUUCACCUUCUCUUUCCCCAAAACGUCGUCGUAUCUCCUUUCUACCCUCACUCGCCCCCGUCGCUUCCUCUCUGCUUCUGCUUUAACCACUGACGAUUACAACUUCUCUCAUUUCGAAGAUGGUGACAGUGUUGCGAUUUCAAGUAAAGGUUCGAAGACGCUUCUUAAAGGGAUGACUUACCCUGAAUUUGAAAAAUGGGUUCAAUCACAUGGAUACAGGCCUGGGCAAGCUAUGAUGUUAUGGAAGCGUAUGUAUGGAAACAACAUUUGGGCACAUCAUAUUGAUGAGUUGGAAGGUUUGAAUAAAGAUUUCAAGAAAAUGUUGAAUGAAAAUGCUGAGUUCAAGGCGCUCGCUCUGCAAGAAAUUCACACAGCAUCUGAUGGAACUAGGAAGAUUUUAUUCACGUUGGAUGAUGGUCUGGUCAUAGAAACAGUUGUCAUACCUUGUGACAGAGGAAGGACUACUGUGUGUGUUUCAAGUCAAGUUGGAUGUGCCAUGAAUUGUCAAUUUUGCUACACUGGAAGAAUGGGUCUUAGGAGACAUCUUACUGCUGCAGAAAUAGUAGAGCAGGCUGUUUUUGCUAGAAGGCUGCUCACAAGCGAAGUUGGUUCCAUCACAAACGUUGUCUUUAUGGGCAUGGGGGAACCACUUCAUAACAUUGAUAAUGUCAUUAAAGCUGCAGAUAUAAUGGUGGAUGAGCAAGGGCUCUAUUUCAGCCCCCGCAAGGUUACUGUUUCAACCAGUGGGCUUGUUCCACAGCUCAAACGCUUCCUCCAUGAAUCCAACUGUGCAUUAGCUGUUAGUUUGAAUGCAACUACUGAUGAGGUAAGAAACUGGAUCAUGCCUAUAAAUCGUAAGUAUAAACUGGACUUGCUUCUUCAAACACUUCGAGAGGAGCUUUGCUUCAAAAACAACUACAAAGUUCUAUUUGAGUAUGUGAUGCUCGAAGGAAUUAAUGACAGUGAUGAAGAUGCAAAGAGGCUUAUCGAGCUCGUGGAGGGCAUUCCUUGCAAGAUUAAUCUAAUCUCAUUCAAUCCGCACAGUGGAUCAUUCUUCAGACCAACCAAAGAGGAAAGGAUGAUCGAAUUCCGCAAUACGCUGGCUGGUGCUGGAUUGAUAGUCUUUUUACGACUUAGCAGAGGUGAUGAUCAAAUGGCUGCCUGUGGUCAAUUAGGUAAGCCUGGUACCAUUCAGGCUCCAUUGCUUCGCGUACCAGAGCAAUUCCAAAUAGCAGUUGGAAAUUCAACUUGAUUCUUUGUCGAGGUUCAGUUACAAAUUGAUCUUGCAGAUAUUAACGAAUUCCAUUGGACACUUGUGCCUGUGAUGGGGUAGCAUGGUUGUUUAUAUGCUAAGAAUGCAUUACCUAGAGCUAACCGAGGGAUAUCUAUUGAUUUCUAUUUUGCACUUUCUCAUUUCAUAGUUGAUAUAUAAUUAAUUAUUGAAUAUAAUUU